AGUUAGUCUGUUUUUUAUUCUUGGCCAGCAUGGAGCGGCACUGCGGUUGCCCCUGCCGGGUCUAAGAGAGAGAGAGCGGUCUCUCCAUCGUUGUUUACGGCUGUUCUUUUGUCGUUGUCGCCGCUGUCGUUGUCGCAAUCACAGACGUUUUUAGACAGCGCCGCUGCCUUCGUCAGUUUUUGGGUUCCGAUUGUUGUGGACUCGGAGUCGGAUUCGAAUUCGGAUUCAGAUUUUGCGAGUGUGCGUGGAUUGCAUAAAGAGAAUUCGGCGGCGAUCAUCGCUUCGAUUAUUUGUUUAUUUCAUUAUCGAGCUCCGUGACGUCACUGUGAGCCAUGGCUUCGUCUUGGAUCAUCACCAUAGGCUUGGGCUUGGUUUUAUGCGUGGGCGUACGAUCGCUGGAGAUCGCUAGCAUGGAUCAUCCCUGCGCCUACGCGGACACGGUCAACAUCACGGAUGGAUUGCGGCUCAAGGACGGAUCCUACUCUUACGCCGGAGUGGUGGUUCCUCCCCAUUUCAUGGCCGAGUACGGCUUCAAGGUGAUCGAUGGCGUUGAGUACCGGGCCAAAAAGCACUUACGCGGCUGCGUCUGCCUGCUAAAGCCAUGCAUCAGUUUCUGCUGCCCACCGGAUCUGGUAUUCGAUGCCAAGAAUUGGAACUGCUCCAGGCCCCACCAGAUACGGGAGUCCACUCACAUAGAGCUGACCUACAGCAACAAUAAAUCAGUGGAGCAGGUGCGGAUCUUGGAUCGAUUUGUGGUGCGCACGGAGCUUGGAUGUCGGAACAAGUUUGUGGACAAGAAGCACGAGAGCUUCUGGCAGUGGGAUCUCUUCGAGAAUGGUUCCCUGCAAAGGGACAACCGGCUGUGGACCCCAGAUGAGUACUGCUUCACUCCAUUGGAGCACAAGUCUGAGCAGUGGGAGCUCGCGCCGCUCAGCUGCGAGCGCUUCCAGACGGGCUACCGGGUGUGGAUCUACGCCAUUUGCAGCAUCAUAGCCAUUAUCAUAAACAUAUUUAUCCUGUCGCUACUGGGCUCGGUAAGGGAAGCGCGGCAGAGUUACUAUGGCAAGGUGAUCAUCUACUAUCUGCUCUGCAUCGUCGUGGGCUACUCCCUUUUGGUCUACUUGGCCCUGAAGAAUCCCAUGAAGCUAUCGCAUGCUUCCUGCAGAAAUAUAGGCUUCCUGGCCUACUUCUGCAUCCUGCUAUCCUUCGUCUUCCUGGCCAUUUGCAGCUUCGAUUUCCUGCUUAACUUCAGACAGAAGGCGGUGAGGGAUUGGGUUCGUCGCCUUUGGUAUGGCUUAUCAGUCUUGGCUGUGGUGGGACUCCGGUUCCUCGUGUCCUUCGCCCAGGACUCCAAGCUGCCCAAACACUACAAGCCAGGCAUUGGCGAGGACUACUGCUGGUUUGAUGUUCGUCUUUGGGGCAUUUUGAUCUACUAUUAUGCGCCCAUUACCAUUCUGCUCAUCUUUAGUAUUGUGUGCUGCCUCAAGGCCUACUUUUCGAUCUACGAACUGCCCCCGGACACUCAGUACAUAUUGGGAACACAGCUGAGAAUCGUCAAGACCCAUUUUUACGCCUUCAGCGCCUAUAUAGUGGGCGUGUUCGCCGUGUGGGUCCGUGAGAUCGUGGUUUACAUAAUGGCCAGAGUAAGGGAGCACUUCUUCAUCAUAGACUUCUGGAGUGGCAUUUGCAUCCUGGGCCUGGCCAUAGCCGGAUUUAUUCUCUUGCUUGGGAAAAACAUGCAUGUGAAAUCCUGGUGGGCCAUCAAUGUUGAGUCGAGUCAAACAGAUCUGAGUGUGAUCAAUGCUCGCGUCUACAAGUUCGAUGAGAAAGGGGAUCUCAAAUCUUCAGACUCACCCUAUAAGCCCACAGUCACGUCACUUUAGUUGAUUUUGCUGUAUCAAGCUAUCUUAUGAUUCAUUUAAGGCGUCGCUCACAAAUAUGUCCAUAAUUUAUAAGUGACUCAGUAUACUAGGUAUAAGUUUGUUAAAUAAACUCAGAUAAUGUGCAUGUAGAAUGUAUCUUUAUCAAUCAAUCCUUA